CAGACAGCUGAGAACAUCCGCCGGAGGAGCAGACAGACUGACUGCGGGAAGGAAGAGUGUUGCCGGUGCAGGGACAGCUCCACAACACAGCGCCAAAAAUGGGAGUCGAAAUCGAGACCAUAACCCCGGGCGACGGAAGGACUUUCCCCAAAAAAGGACAGACGUGCGUGGUGCAUUAUGUUGGCUCCCUGACAGACGGACGCAAGUUUGACUCAUCUCGUGAUAGGGACAAGCCUUUCAGGUUCAAGAUCGGGAAGCAGGAAGUGAUCCGAGGCUGGGAAGAAGGCGUAGUGCAGAUGAGUGUUGGUCAAAGGGCCAAGCUGACCUGCUCACCUGACUUCGCUUACGGAAACAAAGGCCACCCGGGAAUCAUUCCUCCUAACGCCACCCUCAUCUUUGACGUCGAGCUGCUGGGUUUGGAAUGAAACAAAUUCACAGCCUGAUUUUGUUCUGUGUGACUUCCUACCUGGGUGACCUGGAGAGAAGCUAGGAGAGUCUGCACUUGAUUCUAUAAGAGGCUUGAGUCUAUAGUUCCACUUCUUCUUUCAUCAAACUAUGACAGUUUGUGUUAUUUUGUCUCUGUGACUGAGUGAAUUAUAUUUUUCCAUCAUAUUCUUCCUCCUAAAAAAAACCAUGGGCCAUAACCUUACAAACCUCCAUGUUCUUAAUCUUGAAUUCUUUUGAAUUGCGCUUUACUUUUCUUUGUGUUUUUUGAAGUGUUGGUUGUGCAUGGUUACGCUGAGAAGUACAAAAUACCAAUGAACCACUAGCAGCGACAUACAUCUCUUAUGAGUCAAUGCGUACUAGUAUUAUAACGUUCAAGAGCUGGUGCUUGUUAUAUUUCAAAAAAAGUAUAUAGAAGAAAAUGAAAAGCACACAUUUGUAUCCCUAUCCAGCUGAGAAUCAGAACAAAUGAAAAGAGUGAUAAGGCUUAGUGUAGAAUUUAGUGGCUACCUGUAGUGAAACGUCAAGUCAUGGGAGGCCUUAAUGGUGCAACACAGGAAGUGAGUUUGCUACAUAAAAUGCCCAUUUAUAUAUAGUACCACUGUGUUUGUUUGGUUUUUAUUUUUUCAUGUAAAUUGUUAACCCAAGUGUGAGCUACAGAGGGGUAAUUGGCGCAAAGGAGAACCAAUCUCAGUUACAGUUCUGACGUGUGCCUCAAUAUUCUCACCAGACACAUGGUUCCUACCUUACCCUGUCUGCAUGUUCUAGGUCCGAUGGAAACCCUAGUAUGUACAUGUUGAAAGCUUUGCAUCCAUUUUGCGUUAAUAAUUGCCUUCUCAUCUCGCCAAGUCUUUAAACCCCAUUUAAAGCCAUACACAGGUCAAACAGUGCAUAGACAGGAUUUGCGUUGACGCACAUCAAUUGGAUUGGUAUUGUUUUUCUUAGAAAAAAAGGGAAAUGCUUGAAAUUUACAAAAGGGGGUUGAGGAAUCAAUCAAAUUGUGACCUCCCCCAUUAUUUUGUGUAACAACUUCAAUCAUGUAUUUUUCAGAUGCCAACUUUAUAUAUCUGAGAUCAAACAAAGCUAAUGUAUAACCUAUGAUAAUGUUUUUCUUUUUCUUUUUUUUUUCUUUUUUUGCCAGUGUCAGUAAAGUACCACACUGCCAAACUGAAGUCUGUGUUGUGGUAGAAAAAGAAGCUGACACACAGGCAUCCUAGUGGUUUUGUAUCUCAAAUAAAAAAGUUUUAAAUGGAGUUUAAUGAAGGAAUAUGCUGGCCUGGCUGUCAGAUAUUGACCGUGGCUGUCGAUGUUACAUAUUGGCCAAGCUGCAACUGGUGCGGCAGCAGUCCACCUCUGUACUGUGUAGUUAUUUGCUGAUACGUUACUGUAUGCAGACUAAACCAAUGAUGACAUAUUUAAAAUAAAAGAAGUGCUCUCCACUUGG